GUUAACUGUGUAGCAAGGGCAGCGACCAGCUAAUCUUCACCAAGCAAGUCAUUGCACUCGGCUCCACUUCUGCAGCCGUCAUUAUGGAUCAUGUGAAGAAAAAACUGUUGAAGACAAGUCAUAAAACUAGGAGGAAUAGCAAAGGAGCAACACAAUACAGAGUUCUAAAAGAAGGAGAAUUGUUAUUUCACGUGGAGUACAGUUAUGUACCAAGCCAAACAUAUCAAGAGAGCUGACAGGGCCUCUUUAAGAUGACUAAUACUUGGACAGUGCAUCAAGAGAAGAAAUCAAUGAUGAAGAGAGGCAGAUUGUUGUUUGGGUCGCCCAAGAAGAAAAAAUUGUCUGUGGAUUAACAAAGCACACAACCAGUGAAGAUGUGGUGGAGGCACUUCUUGAAGAAUACCAAGUUUCAGCUCAAAACCAUAAUGUGGUAUUUGGUAGUCACAAAGAGUAUAGCAUUAUGGAACGCUGGAAGAGCUUCAAUCGUAUUUUGCCUCCUUCAUUAAAAAUAUUAAAACUUUUAAAUUCAUGGGGGGCAGAACACAUUAAUGUGAGCUUUUUUCUGUUUAAAACAUGUACAUUAUAUCCAUUCUCAACAUGGUGGACUUCGAAAAAAAUCGUAGACCUCGACAAGUGCAGAAAUCAGCACAAUGCAGCAUUUCAUGUGCAGGAAUUGCCGCUAGGUGUGAGAAAGAAAAUUGUAAGAAAAGCAUUCAGAAAAUUACAAAAAGUAAAAAAAGAUAUGACCUGCCCCAAAGAAAACAAUAUAGAGCAAAUGAUCCAUGUAGUAAUGUGUCAAAAAAACAUUAUUAAACAGCAGAUGGACAGAAUGAAACAAGUGGAUAGCCAACUAGAGGAGCAUGAUUCUUGUCAAAUGGGGUGUCAUGGAGAAAAUGUGAGCUGUAUAAUAGCAGAUUCAGCUGACAGGUUUCCAGAAAUGCAUAAUCUGGAAAAUGGAAUGGACAUCCAGGAGAAGUUGAAUUAUCAACAUAUGCUUAUUAGGAAGCUGUCAGAUGAAAUUAAAAUGGAGAUGUCUUCUUUGUGCCAGGAAGAUGAAAACUUUGUCGAAGAAGGGUACACUGACAUGGAGAAAUGCGUUAAACAAGAGAUAGAUGAGAGCCUUCAAGUGGGAUUACAAUUAAACAGUCUGUACAACUAUAUUCAGAAAGAAAUCCAGUAUCACGAUUCAAUACUGCUUCAACAGAAAAAAGAAUAUGAAAUCCUAAAGGAUGAGCUAAAAUCUGGAUGUGGUAGCAACUCAAGCAGCUUUUUAUGCUACGCACCUCAGCAAUACAUGUCUUUAGAGGCAGACGGUGGUAAAGAAUUGUGUGAAAUCACUCAUGUGUUGUCUAGCAUGGAUAUACAAAAUGAAACAGAUUCAGAUACAGGCAUUAGCUCCACACAUAGCCAAGAUUCAGAGUCUGUUCAAUGAGAUUUUCAGACAUUUGCUGUUCCUGCUUUUUCAGUUGAACAAUAAAUUGGAAUGAACUAUGGUUACAGCCUUCACUCUAAAAUACUACAAUACCUACCAGCAUAAUAGUAACUAAGAAAUUGCAGCAUUAUAUUUCCAAAGCUGAAUGCCAUUGGAAGGCAUUUUUACAUUUUAAUAAUAAUGGGUGUCAUUUCUAAAAAGAGAUUUGCUACCGUGAGGAGUCUAACAAAUAGUAUAUAUAUAUAUAUAUAUAUAUAUAUAUAUAUAUAUAUAUAUAUAUUAGACUGGAUACAAUUGUUGCAAACUCACAGCUUUGAGAAGCAUUAGGUUUGUAUAGUUUUUAGAUAAUUGAUGUACAGCAUGAAAUCUGCAAAUCCACAUACAGUAUAUAGAUUUGUGACCAUACUUGUGGCCAGAAUCUUCUGCCAUGUCUAAACAUACCGUCUCACUGCAUCAUUAUAGUCCAGUCAGCUUCACAAUUCAGUUGUUUUUGGACACAGACAACCAGCAGAAGCAGACUGGACUAUAAUAUUGAGCAAUACUACAAUCUGCAACUCAGGAGCCAUACAAAUAAGUAAUGCAAUGCAUUUACGUACAAGGUUGCAAAACCUUUUACAUAUAUUUAUUAUAUCUAAAUAAACGUUGUAAAAUGUAUCUGAAAAUUGGACCUCUGUUAUAAUAUCAGAUCGUUGGGGUCCAACUAUGAGCAUUAUUUGUUCUUUGUACAGCUGAUCAGCAGGGCUGCCAAGAGUUGGAUCCGAUCGAUCUGAUAUUGAUGACCUAUCCCUGAAGAAGGAGAAUUAUAUCUCAGAAAAGCAUUGUUUUUCUCAAUAAAAAUAAUCAAUUGAUCACACGACAGUUAAUGUGGUCCUUUGCGCCUGGUGGUCCAUCAUUCUCAACUCUAUCCCAAGAACGAUAUAGAGAAAGCAGAAAACCCCUUUAACAGUUUAUGACACUUUAGACACAGUCUCAACUGUCCCUCUCAACAUUUUGGUUCAACAAAAUAGGAUGGAAUCAAAUAUAGGUCAAGAUGAAAAGAUCUUAACAUUAUCGUUUCAUGUACCCUACAUGCAAGUUCGUGAAAUGUGCAAAAUACUGAAAUUUUCACACUGGUCACUAGGCCUAAAAUAUGUUAAAGGAAGUCUGUCACAUAGUUUUCACUAGCAUAACUGCCAGCAAUGGCUAGCACAUUGGACAAGCAUGUUAAACAUACCCUUAUGUAAUUUGUAUGUUUAGCAAAACAGUUGUCAAGUGCUCACCAAUUGGGCUUGGAUUUCAGAGUGCCGAAGCCCACCGCCCUUCCUUCCUUUGUUCUCCUCCCAAGUGUUCCUCCUCCUCUUCCCUGACAUCAAGGAGAUGCAGCUACAGAGGAGAAGGGAAGGAAGUCUUGGGAGGAGGAAGGAAGGGCAACUGGCUUUGGCCAGUUGGGCACUUAGGAACUGUUUAAAAGUGCAAUUCUUAGACAUUCGCUAAACAGACAAAUGAUAUAAAGGUAUGUUUAGUAUGCUUGUACAACAUUCUGAUGGCCAUUGCUGGUAGUUUUACAAGUGAAAACAAUGUGAAUGAUUCCCUUUAAGACUUCCUGUCUUUUGAGAGCAACUACAUAGGCCAUAGAAACAAUAGACAGGACAAAAGUUCUAAAAAAAAUAUGGGAAUCAUUUAUCAAACUGGUGUAAAGUAGAACUUUCUUAGUUGCCCAUUGCAACCAAUAAGAUUCCUCCUUUUAUUGUCCAAAAUGAAAGGUAGAAUCUGAUUGCUUGCCAUGGGCAAAAAAGCCAGUUCUACUUUACACCAGUUUGAUAAAUGACCCCCUAUAUAUGUUUAACAUAAAAAUGUGAUUUAAAAAAUUAGCCAUUUUCUGUUGACACAUUCUUUUUAAGACAAAUUUAUUAAAGCAUGAAUUCCAUUUA